CAAGCACACGAUGUCCCACACCGCCUGCGAUAGCCCUGGUGGCGCCUGUACUAACCACAACUGGUUCCGUGUGAUGUCCACAUUCGCACGCUCCCGCAUCAAAGCACGCAGAGCUUCCGCCACCACACAGUCCCAGAAGUGAUGAACCCUAGCCCCAGCAGUCAUCUGAGUCCCACACGGGCAUUUCGCCACGCGUCCAUCUGCGGCCCACGCCGCAAGCAUCCCAAAGCCCGUGAACCCAUUGACUGCCAGACGCCAGAGCGGUUCCUUGUGUCGCGGCUCCCACACCAAAGCCCACAGCCGCGCCAGGGCCGCCCGCAGCGCAUGAAUCGCUUCCGCUGGCGGCGCGGCGCCGCUGUAGGCCUCUUGGAUGAAGGCCAAGUGACGCACGCGGAGCGCGUCGUACGCAGGCGCAAGUUGAAGCUGGGUUGCCUGCUUCACCGAAAGGGUCAGCAAGGGCACGUCAGCCGCGCCAUGCCGCCACCCCAGGCGUCGCCUUGGUACGGAGCGAGGGCACAUGCUGGCGAGCCAAGCCGCGGAUUCAGUCUCACAGCUGAAUCCUCAGCUUAUACAUCGUUAUACAAAAAGCCCUUGUGCCCUUGUUUGUCAGAGUUUGUUUAACAGAGCUUCAUUUGCCCGCGCACCAGACUGGCCCGUUGUUCCUUUAGUCCGAUCAUUGUGUCUAUACUUCCAUGUAUAGUAUCAGUUAGCACUUACAUACUAUAAGGCACUGUGGGCCUCAGCCUGCUGAGCCUAAAAUGUUACAGUCCGGACGCGGCACCGCAGCGAGUAGACAUGGCUUAGGCAGUAGCUAUAAUGCUCCAGCGUCAGCACGCACAUGGCAUAGGGUGGGCCCAUGCGGCAUACCGCUGACCCAGCCUCGCGCCGCUCGGACCGCCGGGCGCCUCGGCCCCUCGGCGACCGCCGGCGGUGUGGCCCGCGGCCUGGCGUGCAGCUCCGCAACCAGCGGCCCGGCGGCGGCAGUGCUCAGCGAAGGCGGCCCCCUCCUUCCCGCCACCGCACCUGCUGCCACCGGGGCUGGCGGCGGUCUGCGGCAGCUACUGCCGCUAGCCGCCUGGGCCCGUCAAGCUGCACCAGCGCCCGCCCCUGCCGCACCUGCAGCAGCCGGGGCGCGCAGCUGUCUCCUACAGCCGGGGCGGCGCGCGCAGCAGCAGGUGCUGGCGGCUGGGGGGAGGGGCUGGCGGCGGUCUGCGGCAGCUACUGCCGCUAGCCGCCUGGGCCCGUCAAGCCGCACCAGCGCCCGCCACUGCCGCACCUGCAGCAGCCGGGGCGCGCAGCUGUCUCCUACAGCCGGGGCGGCGCGCGCAGCAGCAGGUGCUGGCGGCUGGGGGGAGCUGCAAGGAGUCAUUGAUCAGCGGCUGGCGGUGUGGUGCGAGCGGCAAGACGUGAUCGCCAUGUCAGCUGCCUUCGGCCGUUGUGGCAAGCUGGAGUCCGCACACGCCAGCGGGCCCGCCGCCACAGCCGCGGCCCGUGCUGGCAUCAUUGCGGCCCUUGCACCUGCUCUCCUUCCGCUCGUGCCGCGCAUCCGCCAGCCGGCCGGCUGCAGCCUUCCGCUGUGGGCACUGGCGAAGGCCGGGGCUGCCAUCGACGGGCGUGUGGAGUCAGAGCUGGCGCCGGCACUGCUGCAGCGGCUGGUGGAUCCAGUGUUGCUGGACAGUGCCACUCCCCAGGCCCUGGCGAACGCACUGUAUGCCCUGGGCAAGCUGCGGGAGGACCAGCAGCAGCGGGGCUCGGGCUGGGACCCCACCUCAUCGCCGCACCUGAACGCACUGGCGAGCGCUGUGGCCUCGCGGCUGCGCGCGGCGAGCGGGCAUGGCUUUGAGCCGCAACAUGUUUCUAACAGCCUGUGGGCGUGCGCCAAGCUGGGGUACCGCGACUCAGACCUUCUGCGGCCGUUGGCGGAGGCGGCCGCAGCCCUUGCCCCGGACAUGAAUGCGCAAGGCCUGGCCAACAGCCUGUGGGCGCUAGAGGUCCUUGGCUGCACCGGACCGGCGUUUCGGGCAGUGCUGGAGACGCUGUGUGGUGCGGCGCUGCGGCAGCUGCGAACACCGAAGGAAGCUGAAGCAUUCAAGCCGCAGCACCUGUCCAACAUCCUGCUGGCGCUGGAGGGGCUGCAGCUGGGAGGCAAGCAGUCCGAGCGGCUGGCGGCUGCAGUAGCAGUGGAGGCCAUGCGGCGGGGCUUUGCCGGCUGUAACCCACAGGAGCUCAGCAACUCGGCGUGGGCCCUGGCCAAGAUGGGGUAUGGGGCCGGUGCAACGCCGAAAGCCAUGGAGCAGUGCCCCUGGUACGCGGCCGCGGUGGCAGCAGCUCAGCGGCCCGGGGUCAUGGCCAGCGCCAAGCCGCAGGCCUGGGCCAACCUGCUGUACGCGCUGGCAUUGGUGCGCCACCAGCCGCCGCCCGCGUUGCUUGACGCAGGCGCGGCAGCGGCGAUGCAGCGAGGCAAAGCACAGGAGUGUGCAAACACGCUGUGGGCGCUGGCGGUGCUGCAGCUGCGUAACGCCGGCUUGGAGGCGGCGGUGUGCGGCCGGCUGGGCGAGCUGCUGCAGCGAGAGCCGGAGUCGCUCGUUGCACAGGCCCUUUGCAACAGCCUGUGGGCGCUGGCGGUGCUGGCAGGCGGCGGUGUCCCUGCUAGCCCGGCUGCCUCUGCGCUGGCCCCGGCGCUUGUCCGUGAGGCCGUGCGGCGCCGUGAGGAGUUUCAGACCGAGGAGUUGCGUCAGCUCUGGCAGGCGCAACAUGAGUUGGGCGGCGAGGUGGCGGAGGCUCUUGCCCGCAGCCCCGACCUGCUAGCCGCGAUGGAGGCGGCGGUAUCUGCCAAGCGGGCGACGGGGUCGACCACCAGCAGUACGCAGGAGCAGGUGGCAGAGGCGCUUCAGCGACUGCUGCAGAAGGGUCGCCUGCCCAUCGUUUCGGUGCGGAUGGAGGUGGUAGUGGAGGGCGUGCUGGGGCGUGUGGAUAUUGUGGCGGACUGGAGCGACGGGCGGAGAGUGGCCAUUGAGGUGGACGGUCCAGACCACUUUCUCACCCACCGGAAGGACGACCCGUCCGCGGUAAUCGGGUCCACGGCCCUGCGCAACCGGCAGCUGCGGCGGGCGUUUGGGGAGGGCGGCCUGCUGUGUGUGCCGUACUGGGAGUGGUACGGUCUGCGGACGCCUUCCACUCAGGAGGCCUACCUGCUGCAGCAGCUGCAGGAUCUAAAGGCUCCAAAGCAGGAGGCGGCCGGCGGCGGUGGGGCGGGAGAGGCCUCGGGCGCAACAGCAGCUGCAAGGACGGUACCGGCGGAGGCUGAGGUGGUGGCCCCUGCCCGGCAGCAAUCAGCGGAAAAGGCGCAGCGGCUUCCCAGCAGUGGCGCUGGUGGCGGUGCUGGCGAGGGCGGAGGAAACGGAACUCCUCUGGCGCCGCAGCCUCCACCACCACAGCAGCAGCGCGUGUCAGCGCCCCGGGCGCGCCGCAGCAGCAGCCAAAUUCAAAGCCGUAGCAGCCAGGCGGGCUCGCCUUCUCCUGCUCCACCGGUUGAGGCCCCGCCGCCGGAGCAGGUGCAGGCGGCAGCGCCACCCAGGCGGGCCGCGGGUGGGAAGCGGACUGAGCGGAAAGCGGCGGCGGCUCCGGCAGCAGGCGGCGGCGGCGGCGGCGGCGGCAGUGACCCCGGGGCGGUGUUGGUGCCAGCCGCGGUCUCUGCGAAGCGAUUGUUGGUGGUGGCCGGGGAGGCGGACUCGUCGGCAGCAGCUGUAGAAUGUGGUGGUGGUGAUGGUAGUGGCAGCGGCGGGGGCCUGCUCGCGGGCAGCAGGCGGGGGCAGGCGGUGGGGACCGGCAGGCGCGCGGCACAGAAGCCGUGCAGCAGCGAGUGAACGAAAGGGGGCGGAGCAGUGACCUGGGUUAGUGGUUGCAACACAAACAUGCACACGUCUUGUGAUUUGCGUUCCGUUACUCCUUGUGCCCGGGCCAAGCAUACGUGUGUGUAUAUGGAGCACUGAGAGCAACAUGCUAGGGCGCGCCACGACGGGCUUUGGGCUUUUGUGUGGCGUGUGUUUGGUGCGGUGCCCAGUUCGGUAGGCAUCUGUGGUGACCGUCAGGCAGGUGAGCGGCCGUGGGGCCCAGGGGCGGCCAUACACGGGGUGCAGUGAUGGGCGUGGCAUGAGUGGAGUUAGCGCACACAUACCAGCUAGGUAUUGACACGUGCACACACGGUGCGUCAAAUGCGCCAAGUUUGUGGCAUGCUGUAUGUGUUGUGUUUGGUGUGUAGGUGCGCAGGGCCACGGGUCAGCGGUGGCAGUGGCCGUGGCCCGGGGCGUGUGUGUGUCACUGUGUUGGUGGCGGCUGACGUGGCGAGCAGGCGUGACGGUGGGGGACAGGUUAAGGAAGGGGCGGAGGCAGAGGUGGAAUUCGGGGGUUGCAGCGCGUGUAGCAGGCCAUGGCUGGGCCCGGUUGGCUGGCAAUACGACGUGCAGCAUGUCUGUGGUGGGGUUCACGCCCAUCGGUAUUCUUCCUGAUGUGUGGAGGCAGCACAGCCAGCACGAGGCUAACAUCAAGUUCAUGAGCAUAAAGCGACCUCGGCCCUGGCCAUCGGGCCGUUCCAAUGCAAUCCUAUCUGCUGCUU